AGUACGGUAGUAGGCUAAGCUACACUCGCUUGAAGUGACAUUCUUGGCAGGCAGCUGUCUUUAAGUCGCGAGUUGUGAUUGGCAAACGUUGUUUCCUGGUACACAUGAUCUGAACACUGUUCGUUCACAUCCGCAUCUACAUCUCUGAAAGACGAGACCAGGCGGCAUCAUGGCUGAUAAAGACAAAGAAAUGCCAGUGGUUGAGGAUGAAGAUGAACCAGAUCUGAACUACCAGCCUCCAGCUCAAAAGAGCCUACAGGAGAUCCAGGAACUGGACAAGGAUGAUGAGAGCUUGAACAAGUACAAGCAGACGCUCCUGGGCUCUGGACCUGUGGUGGCAGAUCCCACCAUUCCUAAUGUUCAGGUGACCCGACUGACUCUAAUGUGCGAUCAGGCUCCUGGACCCAUCACCAUGGACCUGACAGGUGACCUUGAGGCUUUGAAGAAGAAGAAUUUCACCAUGAAGGAGGGUGUGGACUACAGGGUGAAAAUACACUUCAAGGUUAACAGAGACAUUGUGUCUGGACUGAAGUAUGUGCAUCUGACCUACAGGAAAGGACUGAGAGUGGACAAGGCCGUUUACAUGGUGGGCAGCUAUGGUCCGAGAGCUGAGGAGCAUGAGUUCAUGACUCCAGUGGAGGAGGCCCCGAAGGGCAUGAUCGUCCGGGGAAGCUACCACAUCAAAUCCUACUUCACAGAUGAUGACAAGACAGACCACCUGUCCUGGGAGUGGAACCUGCAUAUUAAGAAAGACUGGGACAGUACAGAGUAAAGAGGCUCUUCCUCUUUCUCCCUCUCCCAGAUACAUAGCAACAUACUCAUACAUUUAUGACAGGAGACUUAGGCUAGAUUGUGACCGGAGUUGGCUUUGCAAUUGAUUAAUUAAUAUUUAAUCAAAUAAAAAAUUAAAAAAUGCUGAAGAUUUUCUUACAGUUUAGGCAUAUCAGUCAAUGGUGAGGACACAGUGACUGGCAGGGUUUUAGAAGUGUCUUAGUACCUUGUAUGUAACAACUGUAUAACUAACAGAUGAAAUUCCUCAUGCCUGUACUCUCAGGUUAGUGUACACUGUAAAUGUAAAUAUUACAAUGUCUGUAUUCUUGCAAUGCAUCUAAAGUUCUUUACACAGCCCAAGACCAGUGCAUGCUCGAUUGUUAAGCCAUUGUGUCUGCAAUGGCUAAUUUAAUGUAUUGAUGAAUUAAUCAGCCUGCUGUUAAUGCAGAUAUGUGGAAGUGGUUUGUACUAAGUGUUGCUUGUAUUCCUAAGCAUUACAAAUCAUCAGUGGAGCCCAUAGUCAAACACCUCCUCAUACACUGAACUUUAAGAUCUCUGUUCAUCUCUGUCCAGGUUUCUGUAACUGUGCCUUCCUUUUAGCUUUGAUAUUUGAUUUUCUCUGACAUUCUAAAUUCCAAAAUAAAUACAUUUUAUUGUUUAUAUGCUUGCUCAUACUGUUAUCUGACAAUUUCAUGCAUAUUUUAAUUUCUCUUGAAUUACUUUAUUACUGUGCUACCAUAUUCAGAAUAUGAUCUAUAUAGAAAUAUUAAAAUAGGUAGUAUAGAAUAUUCUGAAUAUUCAUCUGUGGAAAUUAAUGGAUGUUUCUACAGAAUAACAUUCCUUUAAGAAAGUGGAUAAAAUGCUACAGGAAUUGUAUAAUUUGCAUGUGCAUUGGUAUGUAAUGCUUUAUGAGGGAGACAAAUGAUAAAUCAAUGUAAACUGUGAGCUUUUUAGCAAUAUGAAUAAGUAAAAGAGAGAGCACACAUAAAUGUAGCUAAGUGCUUGUUUGUGAGUUAUCAAUUUUUGAUAAGUGUGACUCCACAGUCAAAGGAUAAGAUGUAUUGGAUCUUAUUCAAAUGAAUCGUUAAUCAUAUUUUAAAAUAUUCCCACAUGAUGUAUAUUUUUCUCCUAUUCAUAUUGUGACUGAUAAUGCAAGUGUCAUCAUAAUUAGAUGUUGUUAUUUGAGUAGACAUCAGUCUGUGUAUUGCAUGAUGCUACAUUUUUAAAGAUGUUAAUUAGGGAGUUCAUUGUGAUGUAAGGGGUGCUACAGUAAGCAGGAGUGAUUAAUUUUGUCAGGGCAUUUUCUCAGCUGAAUAAAUAAUUUACUUCAGUAGAUUCUAUAGCUUCUGAAUUGUCUAACCUUUUCAUCCUGUAUUUUUAAUAAAGAUUGGCCUGUCGUUAUUUGUA